UAUUGAUAAUAUCUCUCACGACAAGAAAGAGAGAGAGAGAGAGAUGGCCAUUGGAUGGAACCACCUCUCGACAACGUGCAGUCUUCCUGGGACUCAUGGACGGCAUGAAUCGUCAUCGCACCAGCAGCACUUCCUCGCUCCUCCAAGACGCGCCAAACCUCAUCGUCCACUAAGACCAAGUGCGGUCCCAUCGAACAAUGCCCGGCAGCUCAUCGAGUCCGGCGCCAUCUGCCCCAUACUGCCCCGGGAGGCAGCAUCUGCCAUCAUGGACGGCGGCUACGUGAUGCUGGACGUCAGGCCGGAGUGGGAGAGGGAGAAGGCCCGUGUGGCUGGGUCACUGCACGUGCCGCUCUUCGUGGAGGACCGGGACAACGGACCCCUGACGCUGCUCAAGAAGUGGGUGCACUUCGGCUACAUCGGGCUGUGGACGGGCCAGAACUUCACGACCCUGAACUCCGAUUUCAUCGAGCAAGUGGAGGGGAAAGUUCCUGAUAAGGAUGCUAGGAUGCUCAUAGCAUGUGGCGAGGGGCUCAGAUCGAUGAUGGCGGCGUCGAAGCUGUAUGAUCAUGGCUACCGGAACCUGGGAUGGUUGGCUGGAGGAUUCAAUCGUUCCAAGGACAGCGACUUCCCAGAUGUUGAAGGUCACGAGAAGUUGCAGUAUGCCACAAUCGGAGGCGCGUCCUACUUCUUUCUUCAAUUGCUCAUUCUCUUGCAAGCUGUAGGGAAAGAAUAGCUACUGAAGAUGAACUCUCCGUUUGUUCUCGAACAUGUAAGCUGUCGCAUGUCGGGAACGAAUUGAACUCUGCAUUUGUUCUCAAACACAUGUCUC